AUGGCCGACACCUCCAUCCGCGACAUUCUGGACACCGGCUACACGCUGCUGCAGCCGCCAGCCCCGUUACCAUCAGCUCCGCCUCUCUUGCUAGAACGUCUCCGCCACUCUGCACAGCAUGUGUCUUGGAGAGACAAGCCCGCAUGGAAUGAAGACGAUGAGCUAGACGUCAUCGCCCUCGACGACGACAGCAGCAACCCUGCCAGAGUCAAGAAGCGUCGUGACGAACUCGUACUUGUUGUGGGCAAGCGCAGCAUCGACCUUGUCGUCGCGCUGCAAUGGUGGCUGUCCAAGGAAUUCUGGCCAGUCAACUUGAGGGAGGGCCUCAACGAGAAGGACUUUCUCCUCGGCACUGCCGACCUGCGUCUUGUUCGUUUGCUGCUGUCUCACUCCAUGGCAUCUGGCGUGUUGCCAUUGAUCACAGCGUACAUUGGUGGACUCCGCCAACGAGCUCCUGUUGACCCUUCUCUCCUGUCGGCGCUGUCUUCCCUCGUCGGCCUCAUUGAGACCCCUCUCCCAGCCGCAACAAGCAGCGAGCGCAAUCCCAUUCCACCAACUACCAUCACCCAGACGGUCGUUGCGGCUCACCUUCCACUGCUCAUUCUCGCCGCUGUGACGUUGGCAUGGACGCCGACAGCUCGACCAGAGACGUACGCCGCUCUCCGACAGCAGCUCAUCAGCUCUCUCAACAGUCUGUCGCCCACUCAGGCAAUGGCGUCGCUGGGUACGUCACUCAAGAUUGUGCAAGCCAGCAAGAAGGCAGGCAAGACAACUCCUACUCGAAGCCAGAUUAUCUGGCCAGGAUACGUCGCCGGUGCCGUCAGCACCCUCAUGAGCGCGCAAGUCCAGCGCAGCGGUGGCGUCAAGGCGGUCAUGGAGAACGUCUUUGGUGAGGCUGGCAACAUGGCUGGCCCCGAAGCGGUAGAGGGACAGAAGCUUGACCAGGUUGCCGAGCUGCUUGCACGAGUGCCCAAGAACGUACCAGAACAGAUGUACAUCCCGGGUCUCCUGAACACUCUCAUGGACCUUGUAGCGCCAGAAUCUGGAAACCACCCCAUCGUGUACACCCACGCCGCCGCUUAUGUCAUCCACCACCUAUGGUCCACAUCGAGUCUGGCUGUCGAGUGGCUAAAUGGCAGGCUGCACCCAUUGUGGCUUCCCGUCAACCCAGCCCAGGGCGUCGUUGUCCCAGCAAGCGCCGUGUCGGCUGCCGCCCGCACCAUGGCCCUCCUUGUCUUGCACGCCCCGCCUUCCCCGCUCUUUGUCGACUUUGUCGUCCGCCCUAUCAUCCUGCCUCUCUUUGCGCUGUACGCUUCUUUGACGCCAAAAAUCCAGGCAAAGUCCAUUGAGAAACGCAGCGAGUCUGCCCCUGGCCUGGUGGACGACGCCAGGCUUCUGCUUACCAGCUGGGGCAAGGUGGUGCCAAAAGACGAAGGGGUGGAGGGUAUUUGGUCGGUCGUUACGGGUGGUAAGGGGUGGCCUGCUUCCCCAGAGGGCCUGCAAGUCCAGUGGCGCAAGGGGGCCGACGGCGUCGAGCUUGUCAACGACUAUCCCAUGGUCGAGCACCAGGAGAUCUCCGCGACGAUGGAAGACGAUGAAGCGAUGCUGGACCAGUUCGACCUCUCCCCCGAUCCGCCUACUCUUUCGCAGCUCCUCAAGGACUUUGAUCAGCCAGAGAUUUCAAGCGAGGUCUUCCUCAAGGUUCUUGACGAGUGGCGUGUGCGAGCCAAUGCAGCAGACCAGGACCCUUUGAGCUCUCUCCUCUUUCUGCGCCUCACGCUCGCCAUGAUGGAGACUCUCGGCGAAAAGUUACUAUCCAACCCGGACCAUGUGCUCAACUUUGUGGAGGGAGUGCUCAACGACGAAGUCCAGACCAUAGCCGCCAAGAAGCAUUCGCUAGCGGACGGCGUUGCGUCAAUGAAGCUUGUAGAAGAGGUGGACGAGGAUAUCAACAUCGACGAGCCACUUCCUGAGCUCACUCCCGAGGGAAUUGAGAAAAUGGGCAUGCUCAACCACACGACCACUGCGAUUCUCCAUCCUAUUAACGACCACCUGGAGACGCUCUCCAGCGCUGGACCGACCAAUGUUCGCCAGCUGGCCCGUGAGGCGCUCCUUGUCCUUCUCGUCCGUCGCUCGGCCUCCCUCACAUCCGAGGAUGGCCAGGUCUCACACGCUGUUGCCACAUAUCGCCGGGCUCUCACGCUGGUGCAGGACCCGAUCCUGCCCGUUCGCGCACACGGUCUCGUCCUCUUGCGCGACUUGGUCCUCUCAAAGGAGUACGAGCCUGCCCUCACGCCGGGCAUCAUGGAGGUGUACAUGGGUAGCAUCCAAGACAAGGACAGUUACAUCUACCUCAACGCCGUUAAGGGUCUUGCCGCCAUGGCCGACGCCCUGGGCAAGGACAUCUUCCGCACACUGGUGCGCAUGUACCGCACGGGCAACGUCGAGCUUGACAACCUCGACAAGCGGCUCCGUAUCGGCGAAGCUCUGGGCAUGGUUAUCCGCAGCGCUGGCAAGGCAUUUGUUGCCAAUGCCGAGUUCGUCGUGCCGGCACUGUUGUCAAUGUUCCCCGACACCAGCCUCCCCACGAUCCUGAGGACGUCGUCACUGUCACUCCUGUCCACCUGUGCCGAGGUGGACCACCUCGCCCUUCUCCCGUGGGCCAACGAGCUUACCAGUGCGGCGAUUGACCUCGUUCAAAUCGAGAGCGUGGUGUCCUCGCCCUUCCGCCCAGAGGCAGUCAAGGAAGAAGAGCCUGUGGCCCCCGCCAGGCCCAAGAUUGUGCUCGUGGACGACGAUGAGCCCGAAGAAGAAGUUGCCAAGGAGCAGACGCCUCGGAUCGUCGACGAAGAGCCGACCGCACAGGACAGCAAGCACCCGGCACUGCGUCGCGCUGCCGUCGUGUUCCUCGGCCUCUUGACCGCCUCCCUCAUCGAGGCUGCUAGCCCCGAGCAACCUCCUGCGAGCGACGAGUUCAAGCUUCGUCUCCCCAACAGCAGUUCCCAGCUUCAGACUCGGCAGUCUCACGCCCGGUGCACUGUCACUCUGCAAACGCCCGUUCUCGACCGCGCUGCCAACGUCCUGGGCUAUGUGGCGGCCACGGAUGUGGACGAAGUGGUUCGUGGCCAGGCAGGCGAGGUGGUUGCCCUCGUGCAGAGACUCAAGUCGGUCCAACAGCUCAGCUCCCUGUCCUCCAGACAGCUCUUGUAG